AUUUAUUCAAUUUGGGUAAUAUUUCUAAGUUGAACAAUACGACGCGAACAGCAAACCCAGAAAAAUCGACUCGUCAAUUAAUAGCAGGUCCAAACGGCGACACUCGUACAGCCAGCAGCCGAACCCGAUCUCAUCGCUGUCCCCUUUUUCCCCCUUUUGGCAGAGUCUCAGAGCAACAACAGCUCCCCAUUCCUUGUUACUGUUGCCUCGAAAAGGAACUAAUAGAUUGAAAAAUCCAACGGAUUUUACCUCUAAAUCAAUGUGGUUUUUGAGUUUGGUUAUGAGGCAAUAGUAGUUUUACACUUGAAAAUUUUCAAACGAUUCUCUAAUCCUUGGUUCCGAGGAAAUCUCUAUUCGUAGCUAGUUUUGAACUUCUUGAUCUGCUGUUCGUGUUCGAAUUGCGUGGUAAAAGAAUUGCCGCUCACAAGAUUUGAUCCAAAGUUGAUAUCCUGAAUCGGGCGCUGAUCCGAAGUCACUUCGUAUUGUAGGUCCAAAGGCAACCUAAGAUUUCUCUGCAACUAGUCGUCUAUGGCGGACUUGAGCAUUGCUUUUUUCUCUUUCCUCCUCCUUUUCUUCUCUCUAUCCCUCCUAGUUUUUCUCGCCUUCAUCGUCCGACCACGCCCCGUCAAAGUUCCAAUUAAAAAUCGCCAUGUCUUCAUCACUGGCGGCUCAAGCGGUAUUGGGUUAGCUCUAGCUCAACAGGCUGCUUCAGAAGGUGCAAAAGUUUCAAUACUUGCUCGUAACACUGGUAGACUCAAAGAGGCGAAGGAGUCAAUUCGGCUUUCUACUGGCCGUGAUGUGGCCAUUUUCAGCGCUGAUGUGAGAGAUUACAAGGCUGUCAAGAAGGCUGUAGAAGAGGCAGGACCAAUCGAUGUGUUGGUGUGCAAUCAGGGAGUUUUUGUACCUCAGGAAUUGGAGACCCAAGAUAUUGAGGAAAUCAAGUUCAUGAUUGAUGUCAACUUGACUGGGACUUUUCAUUUGAUUAAAGCUGCUUUGCCUGGAAUGAGGAACAGGUCUAACCGUGGACCUGGGUCCAUUGCUAUCAUGUCUUCACAAGCUGGCCAGGUUGGGAUAUAUGGUUAUACAGCUUAUUCGGCCAGUAAGUUCGGCCUCAGAGGACUGGCAGAAGCACUGCAGCAGGAAGUAAUUGGUGAAAAUAUUCACGUAUCACUAAUAUUUCCCCCGGACACUGAAACUCCUGGAUUUGCUGAAGAGAACAAGAGGAGGCCAAAGUUGACUAGUAUAUUAGCAGCUUCUUCUGGUUCCAUGAAAGCUGAUGAAGUUGCAAAAAAAGCUUUGAAUGGCCUUAAAUCAGGAAACUUCAUUGUCCCCUGCAACUUUGAGGGAUUCUUUCUUUCCCUAGCAACCUCUGGUCUAUCUCCUCAGAGAUCAUUCCUGAUGGCAUUUAUCGAAGUGAUAGCAGCUGGAAUUUUACGUGUUGUUGGUCUAUGUUUCCAGUGGAAUUGGUAUGGUAGCAUCGAGAAAUUCCUUGAAGAAAGGAAAUAGAGAAUAACUACUAAACAGAUUCUAACAAAUAAUUCUAUCAAGAAUUGAUAGUUUGAUCGAACAAACGCAUUUCAACCUGAUAGUUAUUACAGAAACCGAACUUUUUCAUAAUGUCUUGUGUACCCCUAGGCUGUCCAAUUUCCAUCUACUUCUGUGGAAGUGAACUAAAGAAGCAGUUUUGGUUCCUCUUUGAUUUUAUGCAUCCAAGUGUUUGUGGAUACUUUGUCCACUAAUUGAGAAGUUUUUUCUAUCUAGUGUACAUGGAGUUCAUAGAUUUCUUGGUUAACUGAUAGAACUGUAUGUUAUCUAUCAACUGCUAUUAGCUAUGCUUAUGUAACACCUCACAACUUUUCUCUUAGAAUUUGAAUCGUUCUUCUGAAGUA